GGCGGCGGGCGCCGGGCGCCGGAAAGUAGCCAGUUCGAUCCUGGAUCCGGGAGGCCGGCGAGCGCCCAGCGUGCAGGACAGGGAUGCUCUCGGGGCUAGCCGCCAUGGAGCUGAAGGUGUGGGUGGAUGGCAUACAGCGCGUGGUCUGUGGUGUCUCAGAGCAGACCACCUGUCAGGAAGUGGUCAUCGCGCUAGCCCAAGCAAUAGGCCAGACGGGCCGCUUUGUGCUCGUGCAGCGUCUCAGGGAGAAGGAACGGCAGCUGCUGCCCCAGGAGUGUCCAGUGGGUGCCCAGGCUACUUGUGGACAGUUUGCCAGUGAUGUCCAGUUUGUCCUGAGGCGGACAGGGCCCAGCCUCGCUGGAAGGCCGUCCUCAGACAGCUGCCCACCUCCCGAACGCUGCCCAGUCCGGGCCAGCCUCCCCCCAAAGCCACGACCAGCCCUGGGCCAUGAGCCCCACAAAGCACUGACCUUCAGCCUUGGCUGCCCUGGGCUGGCCCCCAUCCCUGCGCUGCCGGAGCCAGUGGCCCCCAUAGCACCAAUGCCAGGCUCCUGUGCAGACCUGCAGGGCCUGGAGCUAAGGGUGCGGAGGAACGCAUUGGAGCUGGGUCAGGAGGCCUUCUGGGAGCAGGAGCUCCGGCGGGAGCAGGUGCGGGAGCGUGAGGGGCAGGCACGCCUGCAAGCCCUGAGCGCUGCCACUGCCGAGCAUGCGGCCCGGCUGCAGGCCCUGGACGCCCAGGCCCGUGCCCUGGAGGCUGAACUACAUCUGGCCGCAGAGGCCCCUGGGUCCCCCUCACCCACAGCCUCUGCAACCGAACGUCUGCGCCAGGACCUGGCUGCCCAGGAGCGACAGAGUGCAGAGGUGCAAGGCAGCCUGGCCCUGGUCAGCAGGGCUCUGGAGGCUGCUGAGCGUGCUCUGCAGGCCCAGGCCCAGGAGCUAGAGGAGCUGAACCGGGAGCUUCGCCAGUGUAACCUGCAGCAGUUCAUCCAGCAGACGGGGGCUGCCCUGCCACCACCCCCACGGCCAGACGGGGGCCCCCCCAGCACACAGGAUCUUCUGCCUCUGGCCAGAGAAGAGCCUUUCACAAGAACCUCCCAGAGUCCUGCUCUAGUGUCCAGCCUGAGCCCGGAGAGUAUGUCUAUCCCCCCAACUCUGGGUGGGUCAGGGUUCUUCUGUGGCCUCUUCAGUCCCUCAGCCUGUGUCCUCCCCACAGUUGUCCCCAUGAGGCAGAACUCCUGGAGGUAGCAGCUCUUGCCCCUGAAUGGACGUCCAUUGCCACCCCAACCCUGGGCUCCAGUGACACGAGCGAGGGCGCCAAGGCUGGCCAGACUUGGAGAAAGUGGCAGCAGGGGUCCCAGAGGGCUCAUUCGCCCGUGCGCUGGGAAGCCCUGGUGUUCUGGGCGUGACACAGCCCUGGGGUCUCUGCUCUGGGGGCAGAGGGGGGCUGAGGACGCUUGCCCCAGUCCUUGCCGAGUCUGCCGAGACACAGGGGCGUGACCAGCUCAGAAUUUGCCAGGCCCCAAAGAGCACGCUCCUUGCUGGGAACAGGAGCUGCGUGGACACUGCCCAGCUGUGGGAGGUAUCCUUCAUCACAUGUGGCACAUACACGGUGUGCUGCCUCCCCUACCCUGACCCCAAAACCUCAAUAAACUGCCCUGAAUGGCUCGAGUGUG